AUGAGUAACGUGAGCACCAUCUUUGUGUUCGACGUCAACCGGGCACCGUCCUCGCCGAAUCCGACCGACGAGGAAGUUCAGGAUGCCAAGCUGCUGUACUACUACCCAGAUCACAGGGAAGUGGAGGAACGCCGAUCGCAUUUAGGCCUGAUCGAGGGCCUGCUCGUGCUGCUUGCCUCCUUCACCAAGCACAAGAUAGACUUUUUGCGUACUAAGCUCUUCACGACAACCAUCAGCGAGUGGUGUGACGGGAUAUACCUCGUUGUGUGUUUCAAGAAUGAGGAGAACUCCUGGAAUGAGAUGGCCGAGUACAGCCACCAUUGGAAGCACUACAUGACCAAGGUCGUGCUCGAAAACGCAAAAAAGCUUUUCGAGCUGCUGCAUGGCCCUCUGCGCGAUCUACUUAAUGCGAGUGACGGCAAUGCGUCAUCUAAUCUCGAGAGUGUGAGGCGUGCCUUCGAGGACUUCCUGCCUUCCUUCAUCACGAAGGCCGCGGGCGACUCGUUCAACAUUCUGAAUGCAUGGAAUGCGUCGUACAAAUCGCAUGCCAGCGCACUGAGCACCUUGGACGCGCAGACGCUGAUCGCCGACCUCUGCAGCGAGUUUGAGGCGGUGCACGACUACGUUUUCAUCCACAACAAAGAAGUGCUCCACUCGUCCCUGGACCUGGACAACAUGCUGGCGCUGUACACGUAUCUCAUAAAGCACCAAGGCAGCGUGUCCGAGCGGCAGGAGCUGCGUAUGAAGCCCUUGGCCGACGGAGAGGGCGUCGGCGAGGCGCACAUUAUGAAGUCCGAGUCGGGCGACGCCUUCAGCCCGAAGGUCCACAUUAACGGGCAGGCGUACCACCUGGGCGUGGUCUGCAUGGGCGGCCUAUACCUGGUGCUCCUGCUGCAGUGUGACGACGUGAUGUUCACGUUGAGCAGCAUCAAGGAGUACCUCUCGGGAACGCCUAACGGCAUGGGGGCGCUCUUGAAGUCGCUCAGCCAACCACCCGUGGCGUCCAAGUUGCGCACGGUGUCCAUCAACGCCGUGACGAAGACUAUCAGGAGCGUCGGCUACAACGAAAUUGACGAGAAGGCGUUGCGGGAGCUGCAGGUCAUACGCGGCAUCCACCAUCUGAUCGAGUCGAGUUUGGAGGUCAUAACGCGCAUGCACGUACGCUCCAAGCAGGGUUGGUGCAGCGCCCAGGUGUCCAACGGCAGGGAGAUGUACCUCACGCUGCCGUCGGAGAGCCUGAGCCUAACGGACGUAUCGGGCGCCUUCAACGAGUUCGUGAAGACCUUCUUGGGCGGCAUAUACUUCAUUUAA